GCUUUGCCCAAACUAAGUCACUCUCAGGACCAUCCCUGGUGGGACACAGGAAUCAUCAGAAAGAAGUAGGUGUCUACUGCCCUCACAUGAACAGAGUCAACAAGGUUCUUCGUAUUGUCCGGAGAUCCUCCCGGAGGAAAAGGAGGGAGAGCAUCAGAGCUGGAGAAGAUGAAGAGGAUGAAGGAGACCAGGAAAGCCAUGAGGAAUCCUGUGAGGAAGGCUUGUGUAGCCUGAGCCUGUGUGUAAGCGAUGAUGGCCCCUACUCCAAAGGAAACAAAGAUCCAGCCGGAAAUGAUUUGGCUUUGGUCUCCAGACGACAGAGCAUCCCAGAGGAGUUUCGGGGGGUUACCAUUGUGGAGCUGAUUAAGAAAGAAGGGAGUACGUUGGGACUGACCAUCUCUGGUGGUACAGACAAAGAUGGAAAACCAAGAGUGUCUAACCUAAGGCCAGGAGGCCUGGCAGCCAGGAGUGAUCAGCUGAACAUCGGGGACUAUAUCAAGUCUGUGAAUGGCAUCAACCUGACUAAACUACGUCAUGAAGAGAUCAUCAGCCUGCUGAAAAAUGUAGGCGAGCGAGUGGUCCUAGAAGUGGAGUAUGAGCUGCCCCCUGCCACUCCAGAUAACAGCUCAGCCAUCAUCCCAAAGACUAUUGAAAUCACCUUGUGCAAAGAGGGCAACAGCUUUGGGUUUGUAACGAGAGGAGGAGCACAUGAGGACUGGCAUAAGUCCAGAGCACUGGUUGUAACCUAUGUGAGGCCUGGAGGACCAGCAGACAGGGAGGGGACCGUGAAAGUUGGUGAUCGACUACUUUGUGUGGAUGCUAUUUCCCUCCAUAAUAUAACUCAUGCAGAUGCUCUGAACAUUCUCCGACAGUGUAGCCAAGAGGCUGUCUUCCAGAUAGAAUAUGAUGUUGCUCUCAUGGACACUGUGACUAAUGCAUCCGGACCUCUGCUAGUAGAAAUUGCCAAGACUCCAGGAUCUACUCUGGGCAUCUCUCUGAGCACAGGAACUCACCGAAACAAGCAGGUCAUUAUUAUAGACAAGGUGAAACCUGCCAGUGUGGUGGACAGGUGCGGAGCUCUGCAUCCCGGAGAUCACAUCUUGUCCAUCGAUGGGACUAGUACAGAGCACUGCACUCUAAUGGAAGCCACACAGCUCUUGGCCAGCAUCAUAGAGAAUGUGAAGCUGGAAAUCCUCCCAGCCCAUCAUAGCAGAAUUCCUUUGAGACCCCCAGAAACAGUUAAGGUUCAGAAGAGCGAUCACCAUCACUGUUGGGACCCCUGUGUUAACUACUGCCAUACACCCCAUCCUGGGCACUGCAAGACUCCAACAUGGAACCCUACAUCUAACCAAGACUAUUGCAAGUCUUUAGUUGCCGCCAAUUUCUCUUCUUCAACUGUAGCAGGAACACCGGGAUUUAGCAGUCAGAAUUCCAAUACCCUCCCACGCACAGUGCAACCAAUGAGCCCAAGAACCACUAUGUCCAGGAGGCGACAGAAAAGGAAGGACCAUAAAAGCUCCGUGUCCUUGGCUUCCAGUACAGUGGGACCCGGAGGGCAGAUCAUACACACAGAGAGUACAGAGAUCAUUCUUCGUGGAGAUCCAUUAAAUGGUUUUGGAAUUCAGCUGCAGGGAGGGAUUUUUGCCACAGAGACCCUGUCAUCCCCUCCUCUGAUAAGGUUUAUUGAGCCAGACAGUCCAGCUGAGAGGUGCGGGCUUUUACAGGUUGGGGACAGAUUGCUUUCGAUUAACGGGAUCCUUACUGAAGAUGGGACGCUAGAAGAAGCCAACCAGCUAUUGCGGGAUGCAGCCUUGUCCAAUAAAGUGGCUCUGGAGAUUGAGUUUGAUGUGGCAGAGUCUGUGGUUCCCAGCAGUGGUACGUUCCAUGUCAAACUGCCGAAAAGAAAAGGAGUGGAGUUGGGGAUCACCAUCAGCUCAGCCAGCAGAAAACCAGGGGAGCCAUUAACUAUAUCCGACAUCAAGAAGGGCAGCGUGGCACACAGAACUGGCACCUUAGAGCCUGGAGAUAAACUGUUGGCCAUUGACAACAUCCGGCUGGACAACUGCUCUAUGGAGGACGCUGUGCAAAUACUGCGCCAGUGUGAGGAACUUGUUAAGCUAAAGAUUCGUAAAGAUGAGGAUAAUUCAGAUGAGCAGGAGACUACUGGGGCUAUUAUUUACACUGUGGAGCUCAAGAGAUACGGUGGGCCCCUGGGCAUCACAAUAUCAGGGACUGAGGAGCCAUUUGAUCCCAUUGUUAUCUCUGGGCUUACAAAAAAAGGCUUGGCUGAAAGGACUGGAGCCAUUCACAUUGGGGACCGGAUCCUGGCGAUUAACUGCAUCAGCCUGAAAGGAAAACCACUUAGUGAAGCCAUCCACCUUCUGCAAAUGGCAGGAGAAACUGUCACCCUCAAGAUAAAGAAGCAGACAGAGCGAAUAUUCCCCCAAAGGCUUUCAGACAGUAUGAAUGAAGGGAGUGACCCUGAGGAUGACCUGACGGACUCUCAAAAAACGAGUAAAUUGUCUGAUAUCUACUCUACUGCGGUCCCCAGUGUGGAUAGUGCCCUCGAGUCUUGGGAUGGAUCCGGUAUUGAUGCAGGUUAUGGCAGUCAGGGAACAUACGUGCCUCAAGCUGUUGGUAUCUCCCUCCACCCGCAUGAGUGGAGAACAAGCCGACAGAAGAGCAACACACCUCCUGUAGAACACAGAAAGAGCUACCCGUUUCUAGAUGGAAGUUUCAAUGAACAAGACUGGGAAAAGCCAACACGAUACCCCAGCCAGCCAAAUGGCCUGGAAACUGACCAUGAUGAUAGCUUUUGGCGUGUUUUUGGAGAAGCCCUUGAAGACCUUGAAACCUGUGGACAGUCAGAACUUUUGAGGGAAAUCGAGGCCUCCAUUAUGACUGGUAGCGUGCAAGGUCUGGGUCUAGACAGCAGCCAAAUACUUCAGGAAAAUUCCAACCAAGGAGGACAUGUACUAUUCAGGAAGGGAAGCCAUCACAUCAGCAGCAACAGCCCCAAGAAGGAGAACAAAUUAAUCCAGGAAGUUAGAACCAAGAAGGGAGAGGUGCACAAUGCACAGACCUUAACCACAGACUUGCUAAAGGUAACCGUACAGAAAGAUAUGGACACUGAUGACUUUGGAUUCAGCGUAUCAGAUGGUCUCCUGGAGAAAGGUGUCUAUGUAAAUAUGAUCCGACCUGGGGGUCCAGCAGACAGAAGUGGUCUGAAAACUUAUGAUCAGAUUUUGCAGGUGAACCAUGUGCGUACCAGGGAUUUUGACUGUUGCCUGACUGUGCCACUUCUGUCUGAUGCUGGGGACCGGCUUGAUCUGGUGAUUAGUCGCGGUUUGUCUAUUAAUGUAGGGGAGAUGGGGGUAGAACAAAUAAAAGGUCCAUUGAGAAUGGAGACAAAGACAAGCACAAAGACUCUCUGAACCCUAAAGUAAUCAUUUCAGGAGAAAAUCAUUUAACCUGUUGAAAGCUGAGUGUUGCCCACUUAUUGUUUUAAUUAGUGAAGAUGAUAAACCACUUAUUUUUAAUGUAUGUUUAUGUAUUGUCAGCACUUAGAUUAUAUUGUACAAAGUGAAGCUGUGCAGGUUCUCCCUUCCCUUCUUUUUUCACCCCAUCACAUUUAAGGUUUCACUUCCCUAGUCCCUGUAUUGCCAUUGGUUUAAGAACCCUGGUGAUUAAGGUGUAUCCUUUACUUAUGGUGCUAUUCCCUUUUAUUUAUUUGAUCAUAGCGUCUUCACCCUACUGAAAUACACCCGCACUACACAUUUAUUGAAGAAAUGCACAAAGACUUGUUAGAUGACAGGCAUGGUGGCCCUCCAAGGCUCCUCUGCCAACCAAUGUUGGACAUUAUAGUUCAUUAAUAGCAUCAGAGACCGUUGAACCCCUUCUAAAUGGAUUAUGCCAUACUCAUAUCCCCUAUCUGAUUUGUUUAACACUGCACUAUAAUUUAUUUUAGUGGUUGGAUUGUUUUGGUCAACUUGCUGAACACUUAACACUCAUGCACUUUACACCUUGUUGUUUCACCUUUUUCUUUGUCUGGGAUGUCUCGCUUCGAUUGAGAACUCCAACACAACCAUUGCUCACUGCAUCACUACAAUACCAAUGUACACAGCCAUGCUUAGUGGUAUCCCUGUUUCACUCCCACCAGCCACCCUUCAUAUAGGAAUGCACAGCCAUCAUAGCAGUCUAUUUCAGGAGCGUCCCUUAAUGCUUUUGCUUGGCACUGUGAUAUCACACACACUUCCAGAAAAAGAGCACAAUUCCUUUGUCACUGCACCUUGACUUCUUGUUUCACUGUAUCAGAUUCUGUUUGUAUUCUCUCCUCUGCACAAUUUCCCUGGAAGACAUCAUAGCGGCCUCAGUGAUGGAACAGGCCUAUGGAAUAGCUUCAGACAAUAUUUAAUUGUGUUCUUGUGGUUCUAUGUCUGGAUUAUGAAAUGUUUCCUCCUGCCCCCCCACAUAUCCUUAUGGUUCUGGAUGUUUCCACUGGCACAAGGGCCCACAAUAAGAGUUUUCUUUGCAAGCACAAACAUAGCACCCACAACAUAUAAACCACUUUAGAUAAUCUGGACAUCUUUUUGUGAAUCCUCACCAAACUCCCAGUACAGAUCCUGCCUGCUGUAGUUGUAAUUCUUUUAUGUCAUCAUUCCACUCACAGUAAUUAUCAGGGCUUUCCUAUUCUCCAUACACCAAUGCUGAAGCCAGAUAAUUCACGAGAAGCCUUUGUGACUACGGACGGGGGUUCUAACUACUUUAGGGCUUUGGAACAGCGAUCUCCCAUCUGCGACUUAUAUACAACACUAGCAUCGCCCAAGAGCCUGUGUAGGAGCUGUAGAUAAGCUACAUCUGAAAAGUCACGUGUUGAGGAACCCUUAUCUUUACGUUAAGGCACAUGGGGGUUAUGUAAUAAAAGGCACUAAGUUUGCCCAGGAGCAGUAACCCAUAACAACCAAUAGGAUGUUGGCUUUUAAACAGGUGACCAGUUAAUGCUGCCUUCUGAUUGGUAGCUUUGGUUUACUGCUCCUGGGCAAACUUAGUGCUGUUUUUUACAUAACCCCCAUAGCCCUUCUACUUGUAUAUCAUUUUGACCGCAAGACUAGUCUCCUUGCCUAAGAAUCACUAGGCAUUUAUGAUCGAAAAGCUGCUGGAUGCUACUACUAUCCUGUCUGAUGUGGUUAAUGUACUGUGUUGAAAGCAUUCUGCUAUUGUAUUGUGCCAAUCUUUUUCACCAGUGCCUCUGUGGUAUCUGCAUCAUUAAUCCUAGUUGUUCCGCAGUGGACACUUCCAAAUACAAAAGGAAUGACAGCUCUAGCCGCAUAAUUGCAGCAGCAUAGACCAUUCCUCCUGAAUAGGGGUGGGCAACCCACAGCCCUCCAGCUUUUUCUUCAGCUACAUCUCAGCCAGCCAACAGUCUGAUAUUUUGAGACAGAGAUGGAUAAACCAGUAGCCCAAACACUAUUGUUUGACAAUUCCCAGUUUCCCUGACUUGAGGACGCUGGAAGUUGUAGGGCCACAGGUUGUCCUUCUCGGUUAGAAAGAGAUGCACUGCGGCUGGUUCACCAUGUACAAUAUCUGUGCCAUAGAAGGUACUAAAGAUAUUUUUAUAUGCAAUAUUUGUGGGUACAGAGUUCCCGUUUUGGGGUUUUUAACAGUGACUUUUAACGAAUGGCUUUAAUAUGUAAUUCCUUGUACCCCUUCCUAUGCAUUUUCAAUGGACGUUCUCGUUACCUACAUAACUAAAAUCAGUAUUUUUAUCCUAUACCAGAUGAGCGCAACUCAAGUUGUAAAGUAUUUUUCUACUGCCUUUUGAUUUCAUAUGUAUUUGGGGAAAGCACAAAAUUGUAAAGGUUCAGGAUACGGAGAACUUUAUUUUAGUCCUGAUGCAUUUGUAAAUAUUUUUCUCUAUUUAAAUGACUGUACCGAGAGAAGCCGGGUUUUUAAUAAUAAAACAAUGAAUUUUA